CUAGCCUACUCAACUGCAGCCUAAACCAGACCCUCGUGGGCGGAAUACACAUUUGUGUGAUUCUAUUUAUUUAUUUUCGUAACAAAGUAGGCCUAAUGAUAACGUACUGUCAAAGAGAUGUAAGUCGGGGGUUGUACAGAGCUUUUAAAGUUUUACACCUGAAACAUCUUACUAGGGUAUCUGUUAGGAUGUCUACUUCCGAUACUGCAGUAGGACUUCAUGUUAUACCAACGCGUUGUUAUUUUGAUGAGACAGUACAGGUAAUUGUGCGCGGACUCCUUCCUAAACAAUCAGUGAAGUUGGUGGCUGAAGCUAAAGAUGACAAAGGCAUGAUCUUCCAGUCGUCUGCAGUCCACAAAGCUAGCGAACAUGGAGAAGUGGAUUUGAAUCGCUCUCCCUCUCUGGGUGGCACAUAUAUUGGAGCUGAGCCUAUGGGACUUUUCUGGUCGUUACGCCCAUUGACCCCUCACAAUAAAUUCACAUGGUGGGAUGCAUCAAAGCCCGUGUUAGUGGAUGUUAAGGUGGUCAGUCAUGAAAAUCCUGGGCAUGUCCUUGCCAAGGAGACGCACCAAAGGCACUUCAUGAAGGAAGGUAUCCAACGGGUUGUCGUGACAGACGGUAAAAUACGGGGAACCCUCUUUAUUCCACCAGGGCCAGGACCCUUCCCUGGUGUUGUGGACCUUUACACUCUAGGCGGUGGCCCGUCAGAACCGAGAGCCAGUUUGCUGGCCAAUAAAGGGUUUGUGGUGCUCGCUCUGGCUUUCUACCGGUACAAGGAUUUGCCAAAAAAAGUUGACAAACUAGAUCUCGAGUAUUUUGAGGAGGGAAUACGUUUCUUGCAGAAACAACCUAAAGUGAAAGGCUCUGGAGUUGGAGUUAUUUCAAUCUCCAAGAGUGGAGAUCUAGCUCUCUCAAUGGCAUCAUUCCUGACAGGAAUCAAAGCAGUUGUAACCGUCAAUGGUUGCUGUGCUUGCACCGUUUUCCCUCUCCAUUACAAAGGUACCGUCACCCCCAUACUGCCAGCUGAUCCAGACAAAGUAAUCCUUACAGAGCAAGGGCUUUUGGACAUCAGCAAGGCCAUGGACGAUCCAGCAGCCAAUGAGAACCUGGCCUCUGUGAUUCCCGUUGAGCGUGCCCAUGACUGCAAUUUCAUGUUUGUAGCAUCUGAAGACGACAUGAACUGGGACAGUGUGGGUUUCGCGGAACUAGCUGCCCAGCGACUGAGAGACAGUGGGAAGGAGAACUUUGAGAUAGUGAGGUACCCCAAGGCAGGGCACUUUGUGGAUGUUCCCUACAUGCCCUUCUAUCCCUCUGGCAUCCAUGCGGCAGUGGGUAAAGUGGUGGCAUUUGGAGGAGAGGCUAAAACUAACGCACACGCUCAGGUAGAUUUAUGGGGGAGAGUUCAGGAGUUUUUCCGGAAGCAUUUAGACACAGACUACGCUCAGCAUAAAGCAAAGUUAUAAUACUUUACACGGCACACUUUAUUCUCUCAUAAUCUUUUCAAUCAAUCAAGUAUUUUUGGCACUCCCACUGCUAUCCUUUCUCAUGGCCUCCGGGUGGGACACCUUUUACAUAAAUAGGCCAAAAUGAAAUGACCUAUUUGUCAAUAAUAUUACUUUUAAAUCUAUGUUACCAUGCUGCAGUGAGUAUAGGGAGCUAGCAUGUGCCAACAUGGGUCAUUGUUGUGCUAUGUACAUGAAACUGCAUAAAGUGUGAUACCAUAUUA